CACACGGCAGACAACAAAUAACCCGUCAAGAUGGUGAAGGGUAAUCAUAUGAUUUCUAAUGGCCACUUCCAUAAGUACUGGCAGCGGCACAUUCGCACCUGGUUCAACCAGCCUGCCCGCAAGUUCCGCAGACGGCAAAACCGCAUUAAGAAGGCGAAAUCAGUCUUCCCCCGUCCGGCCAAGGGUCCGAUCCGCCCGAUCGUCCACUGCCCGUCGCAACGCUACAACACCAAGAUCCGUGCGGGUCGUGGAUUUACCCUUGCCGAGCUGAAGGGCGCCGGAUUGUCGAAGAACUUCGCGCAAACCGUUGGCAUUGCGGUGGAUCCGCGCCGUCAGAACAAAUCGGUCGAAAGCCGCCAGGAGAACGUGCAGCGUCUGAAGGAGUACCGCAGCAAGCUGAUUCUGUUCCCGGUGCACCGCAACAAGAAGCCACGCAAGGGCGAGGCCACACCGGAUGAGUGCAAGAUGGCCAAGCAGCUGAAGCGCUCGGUGAUGCCGAUCCGCAACGCACGCCCGAAGGUAACGCUGGAACCGAUCACGGAGGAGCAGAAGAAGUUCAGCGCGUACCAGGCACUGCAUCAGGCGCGUCUGACUGCCCGGUUCUUCGGUGUCCGUGCCAAGAAGGCGAGAGAAGCGGCGGAGAAUGAAAGCAACCAGCCCGGCGGUGGUGGUGACAAGAAGGGCAAGAAGUAA